UGUCACUCCAAGUCCAUUUCUUCAACCUUGUCAACGAUAAACCCCAAAUAUUUGAGAGGCUUUCCGAAUUCUCACAUCCUUCUCCUCCAAUGGCCUCCAUCAACUUCAACCCCUUCGAAAGCUGGUUCAAAAAACCCCCAAACCCCCUGCCACCCAUCAACCUCCUCCCCCUCACUGACUCUUUCUUCCACCGCACCACCGCGGCCCAAUCCCCUCCCAAUUUCUCCUCCCUUAGCCUCUCAAACCUCUUCAACGGCCCCCCGAAACCCGACCCCAAAAACCCAUCUGACCCCGAGCCGGAAAAACCCGGACACUACACCCAGAUGCUGGAGCGGUUCUUCUGGGAGUGCGAGAACGACCCGGAUUACAGACACUCCCCGGAAGUCGAGAAGAUUCUGAACGAAGACCCGAUUUUCGAAAAGAAGGAGAACCCAACGGAGGAGGAACUUCGGGAGAACGAGAGGUUCUGGAAGGAGUUCCGGGAGAGCCCGGUGGUGAAGUUUCUGGCCCAGGCGGAGAAGAUUGCGGAUAUGGUGAAUGAGCUGGAGCUGAAGGAGAAUGAUAGGCCGUACAGGGACGAGGAUAAGAAGCUGUGGCAGGCGGUGCCACAUGUUAUUGGGCCGGACGGGAGGCCUAUGCCGAGGAAGGCGAUAAAGACGAGGCAGGAGUCUGAUGAUAAGUUCUGGGAUUUUGCAAGGCAGUUCUUUUUUGGGCUUUGGGGGUUCCGCCAGCGCCCCUACCCACCCGGCCGGCCCAUCGAUGUUGCUCAGGCAAUCGGGUAUAAGCGGCUCGAAAAGCGGUAUUAUGAUUUUAUCAUGAGGAGCGGUGGAUUUUACUAUAAGGACCGGUUAGGUCGAACAAGAGGUCCGUUGGAGCUAAUAACCCUUAAAACGGCUUGGGGUGCUGGGAUUAUUGAUAAAGACACGUUCAUUUGGGGUGAGGACAUGGAUGAAUGGGCUCCGAUUCACAUGGUUUACGGGUUGGAACCUGCUAUUGCCACUUGGGAAGUUAGACUUGCGGCUGGUGCGACUGCUUUGAUUCACAAACUACAAAAAGGAAUUCCUCCUUGGGUUCCACUCAAGGGACGCGAGAAGAAAACCUAUAAGCAGCUACAAGAGGAGGCUGUAGAAAGCAAGAGACGCGACUUAGCAGUACUUGAAGCUAACGAUGGUGUUUGGCCAGGUGUUCGAACUCCGAGUCAUGCUCUAUUUCUUUGGGCUAGUGGCUCUGAAUUGACAACAAUUCUAGAAGAGGAUCACAUGCCGAACAAAUACAUUUCAAAAGCUCUUAGGGUUGAAUUGUCUAAAAUUAUCCCUGGGUUAAGGCCAUGGGAGGUUCUAAGUGUGGAACAAGCAAUGGAUCAGAUAACAUAUGAGGGAGAGUGGUUCCGUGAACCACUUGGCUCGUACGCGACAGGUCCUCCAUACAUUCGAGCUUGGAAUAAUGAUGUCAAGAGACUGUAUAAUAUUUUCGACAACCUAAGCAGCCGAGUCUACCAGAAACUGGAGCGAACAAUUCCUGGUUUUGAUAAGAUAAUGGAGAAAGUUCAAGCUGAUGCUGCUGCAAGGGAUGCCAAGCGGAAGGCAAGAAGAGAGGCAGAGAUGAAAGCUGAGCAGGAAAAAGCCUUGGGAAUUCAAAGUGAUGGCUAACUCACAAUAUGUCAUACUUCUGUGGACUGAACGAUUGAGGUGUUCAACAUAUAAUCUUCCAUGGUAUCUGUUUGUACUUCGCGUCAACCAGGAUGAUGACGGCUAUUUGAGAAUACCCUUGUGAAAGCAUGGGAGGCUGGUAAGGUUAGAUUUGAAAAUGCUGUGUUUGUUUCAUGCUGCCAAAAUCCUCUAGUUUCCAUUUGGUAUUAAACUGUAUCAGAUUUUUUGUAUUAAACCAUUUAACGUGUUAAAUAGCCGAUCCUUCCGUUGACUCAGCGAUCACAAAAACGGAAGCGAAGAGUCUGUCUAUCUAUUUGAUAUGGUAUAGUUACACAUGUUUAA